UCUCUCCAAUUUCAUAAAAUAUUUUAGUAUUUGUACUCUUCCUCUUCCUCUUCCUCCUCCUCUCUUUAUCUCCAUUGAUGACGUAUUAUCUCCACAGUCACAUAACCCUCUCUGCAUCAUAUACCUUGUUGUUUACCUGGAAAAAUCGUAAGUGUUUUGUUUUGAUUAUGAUGGAUGAAGAUGGAUUGAGCAAUCGAAACUGGGGAUAUUACGAACCGUCUCAGUUCAGGCCAAAUCUAGGGUUUCAACUCAUUCCAGACAGAAACGAGAAGCCAUUUGUUGUCUCCCCUCAGAACCAAAAUCAAAACUUUAUCACUCCUAGUGUGUUGUAUCGUGGUGGUGGUAGCAGUAGUAGCCUUAUGUCGUUUCCGCGUGAUUACACUGCCUCUGAUGCACCUUUCAUGAGUUAUAGUUGGUUGAACAAGCAUAGAGAUAGCAAGUUCUUUAGCAAUGUACCUAAUAAUCCUUCUAAUCAUCAUAACCUUCUUGUUCGGGAGACUUCUAGGAUGACUCAACCGAUGCAGCUUUUGCAGCCUGAGGUCGAGGAUGAAUCUCUCAAAAGAAAGCAUCAGAGAGGUGCUCCAAAGGCGAAGAAAGAGAAGAAACUGAAGGAUAACAAUAUGCUGAGAGUUCAAAGAGAGAGAAGUCCGUUGUUUAGGAAGAGUAUAGAGAUGGUGAUCAACGGGGUUUCUAUGGAUAUUGGAUGUUUACCAGUUCCUGUCUGCUCUUGUACCGGGAUGCCUCAACAGUGUUACAGAUGGGGUUGCGGGGGAUGGCAGUCUGCGUGCUGUACCACUAAUGUUUCGAUGUAUCCUUUGCCCAUAAGCGCGAAACGACGCGGUGCGAGGAUUGCUGGAAGGAAAAUGAGCCAAGGUGCCUUUAGAAAGGUUCUUGAGAAACUCUCUGCUGAUGGUUUCGAUUUUUCAAUCCCUAUUGAUUUGAAGUCUCAUUGGGCAAAACAUGGAACCAAUAAGUUUGUCACUAUCAGAUGAAAAGUCUAACCUCUGUUUUUUUUUUGUUGUUGUGGGUUGUGUCCUGCACCAUAGAUCUUGAUUCAAUUUUUUUUGUGUCCUCUAUGAUCAGAACUUGGAGUCAAACUCGGCAAUGUAUCAUCAAAAUGUUGUACCUC